AUGGAUCAGCCAGGUGCAAGUGGUUCUGCUAAACGAAAGCGUACAGUUCUAACCAUUGAACAAAAAAUUGAGAUUAUCAAACAAAAUGAGUCAGGAGAAAAUGUGGCAGCUCUAGCUAGACGAUUUGGAAUAGGACGUCAAACAGUUCGCGAUAUUGUCAAGAACAAAACAAAUCUACAGGCUUUUUUAUUACAAGCCGAUAGUAUGCAAGUGGUUUCCCAACGAAAAACAAUGAAGGCUUCCACGUUUGAAGAACUGGAACAAGCAAUGAUUAAAUGGUUUCUACAAAAACGAGCCGAAGGUACGCCAAUUUCGGGACCAAUGUGCUUACGUCAAGCUCAACUAUUUCACGAAAAACUGAAUCCUGGAGAAAAUUUUAAGGCUUCAAAUGGAUGGCUAUAUCGAUUUAAAAAACGACAUGGAAUAAGAGAGCUAUCCAUAGAAGGCGAGAAACUGAGUGCAGACGAGGUAGCUCUAACUGAGUUUUGUUAUGAGCUUGAAAAUAUUAUCCUGGAACGUGAUUUAAAAUUGGAUCAAGUAUAUAAUGCCGACGAAACAGGUUUAUUUUGGAAAACAAUGCCCACUAAAACUUUAGCUCACGAAUCUGAAAAAUGUGCUUCAGGUUUUAAAACCAACAAAGACAGAGUUACCAUACUUUGUUGUGCCAAUGCAACUGGACGACAUAAACUACGACUGACUGUGAUUGGAAAGUCAAAAAAUCCACGUGCCUUUAAGAACAUUAACAGAAAUAAUCUACCCGUGGAUUACUAUAAUCAAAAAUCGUGUUGGAUGACACGAGAUAUUUUCAGAGAAUGGUUUUUUAAAAAAUUUAUCCCUCAAGUCAGAAAAUUUCUUGAAGUUAAUAAAUUGCCACCAAAAGCUCUGUUACUUCUUGACAACGCGACUGUACAUAUGGACGAGACAGUAUUGAAAUCGGAAGAUGGAAAUAUUACUGCAGCGUUCUUUCCUCCAAAUGUUACAUCUAUUGGCCAACCAAUGGAUCAAGGAGUGAUCGAGAACAUGAAAAGAUACUACAGAAAAAAGAUAAUGAUGGACUUAUUACAAGAAGACGCUGACCCAAUGACAUUUUGGAAAAAUCUAAAUAUUAAGGACGCGAUUUAUGGCAUUGCUGAGGCUUGGAGUUGUGUAAAAGAUGUCACAAUAAAGCGAGCAUUUUUAAAAAUUUUAACAUUAGAAGAUGUACCAGAUAUGAACGAAACGAUAGUAGAGAGUGAAGUUACUACAAAUGCCAUAGCAAACAUUGCCUCCGAAAUUUCAACAUUGGAUGGUGUCGAUGCUGAAGUAAUUGACAAUUGGAUUCAGUGCGAUUUUCAAGAACACGGGACUGAAACUUUUACUGAAGAAGAAAUAAUUGCACAAUCUGAAAAAAACAAAGAAGAGUCAGGUGAAGAUCACGAGAAAAACAAAGAAGAGUCAGAUGAAAAUGAUGAUAUCUUUGAAGAACACACUUCCAAUAAGAUUACAAAUCGGCAAGCACUGGAAGCUUGUAACACUUUGAUUGAUUAUUUUGAAAAGCAAGAUAUUGAUGACUUUACCAUUUUAAACUUACAAAAAAUGAAGUCGUUCAUUAGACAGAAACAAUUAAAAACUAAAAAACAAACCAAAUUGACAGCUUUUUUUUUAGAAAAUUGUCUGAAUAUGAACGUUGCCAAAUUUACGAUUAACAAGUGGUGUUUCAAUAGAAAUGGCAAAGGCAUUAGUGAUUUCAUUGUGAAGUUGAUUAACAAUAACGCAAAUCUAUGA